AAAGUUUACAAACCUUUGAAAAUGUCCAAAUUCCCUGAUAUUCAGUGUAAUUCUAUAAUUUUUCGCCUAUAGGAAUUAUAAUAUAUGCGAACCAUGGAUAAACUUUUCGUAAUCUGAAAACCGCAGCGGCGUUUUUUUUCUACUGUAUUAUUUAAAAUAACCCUCAAUUUUGAAAAAAAAACUGUGAUCAUAUAAAGGAAAAUGUUUAAGAAACAUCCAAAAUCAAAUUUCCUCGAUAACAAAUCUCAUUCGGAGAGACAGAUCGCCCGAAAGGAUGAGGAGAGUCUUGAUAAUUAUCCUUACAUGUACAAGGAAAAGGCGCACGAUAAGAAUCACACCAAUGAUACCACGUGUAAUACAAUGUGCAAUCGAUAUUUUCUAUGGCCAUGCAGCGACUUGUUUGAAUGGCUUAAGGAUUGGAAAGAAGAUACGUUAAGACUUUGGUUAAUGGCCGUCGUGCUGUUAUGUUACAUGGGUAUGGGGUGCUUCAUUUUCUCGUAUAUGGAGUCCAAGUAUGAGCACGACAUCAAAGAAGACAUCAAAGAAGCCCUCUCCAGUUUCAUAGCUAAAUAUCCGAACGUGAACAGAACAGAAAUGAGAGAUCUUUUAGAACUUUACGGCAACGCUACUUAUAAUGGUUUCGUAGGAGUUCGACCUAGGUGGGAUUUUUACGGAUCACUUUAUUUUACGUGGACAGUAGUAUCUACAGUCGGUUAUGGAAUGACAACCCCGCACACUUUGCAUGGCAAAAUGUUUUUGAUGCUCUAUGGAUUACUGGGAUGCGCUGGUGGUAUAUUAUUCUUCAACCUAUUCUUGGAGAGAGUGAUUAAUCUACUGGCCAACACGCUGCGCUGGCUUCAUACCAAACAUAAAUGGCGAAAAUUUAGUAUAUAUAAUAUGUAUCAAAGCUAUACGUCGCAAAAGUUGAUGCCUAGAGACGAUGUUAAAAGAGGUGAGGGGUUAUACUACUCGCGCAUGCCCAUGAAUGAGGAUGAUACAAACUAUAACAAACAUAGACGCCAUAUUUCGUGGGGUACGAGAAAUGACGUAAGGAAAAAAAGAGACAAUGCCGGCAGGGAAAAACUAUUUAAAACAAUGAAGAAUAGGGAAAACGACAACAAAACGGAUAACAAGUCGGCCAUUAAAACUGUCGUCGGAAAAAUACUCAAAACUAAAGAUGAAAUGGAGAAGGAGGCGCUCGAAAAAUGGAAACCCUCCGUAUAUUGGGUCCUCAUAAUUCUCUUUUUGGCGACUUGUCUUAUAGGUGGCACCGUUUCUUUACUCUAUUCCGCGAUGGAAAAUUGGAGCUACACUGAUUCAUUAUAUUUUUGUUUUAUCUCAUUCGCGACUAUCGGAUUCGGAGAUUUCGUUAGUAACCAAAAAAUGGUAAUGGAUCCCAUCUUGUGGUACAAAGUGGUUAAUUUUAUUAUCCUGGCGUUAGGUAGUUGCUGCACGUAUUCGUUGUUAAACGUGAUUUCCAUCGUCAUAAAGCAAUUCUUAAACUUGAUCCUAAAACGUUUCAAGGCGCUGUGUUGGAAGCAUUGUAAAUGCUGUUACACCACGGCGUCAAAAGAACAAAAACUGAUGGAACAGAAACUUUUGGAGAAGGAGAAGGCUAAGAAAUUGAAAAAAGAGGAACACCCGCAUAAGCAUCAUAAGAAAAGGAAAAGCGAAACUAGGCGUUUUUCUCGCAUGAAUUCGAUUCAAAAUAUAUCUAACGGUAUCAUCCAGUGGAAGAAACGAAGGAGCUCUUUUAGCAAUAAGAAGAGUGUUUUCGUCAACGAUUAUUUCGAAAAUAAUGGCAAUAAAAAUUACGUGAUGGUAGAAAGAAAUCAUGAAAAUAUCAAUCCUCAAAAUUUAUUCGUUUUUACUUCGCUGCGCGAUCAUGCUGCUGACCAUAACGAUAGUACAACUUAUUCCAGACCACUAGAACGAAAAAUGAGCGAGAGAAGCGAAUAUUUUAGCCGAUCCCCUUGGCGAAAAGAUUCGGGAGAUAUGGUGUCUAUGCAGGAUUUUACGUCGUCCAAUAAGGAAGGAUUUUUGGAAGAAAUGCAAAGACAACUUCUCGAAACCAAUAAAAAGAUUGGAUUUGUCAAUUCGCUAUUCCCUAUAAUGUCGGUAAAUAACAUCGAAGAUGAAUCUAAUCGUUCUCAACCCGAUCGACCAGUAAUAGCUCAAGAUAACCAAAUGAUGGUUAUAGAAAAUAAAGGAAUUGAUCAUUCGAUUAAAACUAAUAACGAAAACUUAUCACCGGGAAAAACGCGUCGGCGGCAACCGAAGCCUUUCAAUAUUAGAGAUACCGUAGGUUUUGCUGACAAGAGAGAUCUAUAUGAGAUACCUAUUAGAAAUUAUCCAAAAAAUACAAACAUCAUUAUUAGCACAUAUACGGAUGCUGACGAUGAAUUAGAAUUGAUUCACCCCGAAUCAAAACCCAAACCAAGAGAGACAUUAUUCUCCCCUAAAAAAAUGCUAUAUCCUCGUGAUAGCUUGCAUGAUGAAAUAAAAAUGUCACAUGAAAAUGCUAAUAAAGGGUUAUCGACUUUACCUACCUCGACCAAUAAGCUAUACAACGACAGAGCAUCAUGCGUAAAUUUAGAAAAUCUAGACAAAAAAAAAAUAUUUACUCAACUUGAACCAGACUUGAACUCUAUGAGAAGAGUGAGUGCAUUGAUUGACUCCUGUCGAUCAUCGCGUAAAAUCACCAAUCUGGUCUCUAGAGAUUUAGAAAAUGGUAUAGUUAGAAAAUCUGUAACCGACUUAGGUCGUCGAAUUUCAAAUAUCAACGAAUCUCAGAUAAACAAAAAAAAAUCAACUCGACAAAACACAGAAUCGGAGAGUGAAUCCGAUACCGAUUCGACCAAUGAUAACAGCGAUAAAAGUGAUUCCAAUUCCGACUCGAGCGAACAUAAACUCGCCGGGGAAGAAAUAGGACCAUUGGCAAUUUUAAAUAAAACACUAGGCUAAAAAUAAUUAGGCUCUUCAAAAUGUUUUUAAAUCGAUUAUAAAUAAAAACGAAACAAAACUAUGCAUAUAUAUUAUAUAAAUUUC